AUGGGCGACCAGUCGUGGGACCCCACCACGCGCGCCACGGUGCAGAAGAUCCCGCUGCUGACCGUGAAGGCGGGGCCGCGCGAGAAGGAGGAGUGGCAGAAGCGGCUCAAGGAGGAGCUGCAGGCCCUGAUCAAAUACAUCGAGAUUAGCAAGGCCGCCGACCUCGACUGGUUCACCAUCCGGCCCAGCAACAAGGAGGGGACGCACUGGUCGGGCAAGUGCUGGUACAUCCACGACCUCAUCCGCUACGAGUUUGACUUCCAGUUUGACAUCCCCGCCACCUACCCCGCCACCGCGCCCGAGAUCGAGCUGCCCGAGCUGGAGGGCAAGACGGCCAAGAUGUACCGCGGCGGCAAGAUCUGCCUCACGAUACACUUCAAGCCGCUGUGGGCCAAGAACAGCCCGCACUUUGGCGUGGCGCACGCGCUGUGCCUGGGGCUGGCGCCCUGGCUGGCGGCGGAGGUGCCCUACUUGGUGGAGUCGGGGGCGGUACAGCCAAAGUCCUGA